AUGCCUACAGAUCUCUGUCCCGUCUACGCGCCUUUCUUCGGUGCUCUGGGCUGCACAUCCGCCAUCGUCUUCACAUGUUUGGGCGCUGCUUAUGGAACCGCCAAAGCCGGCGUGGGUAUCUGCGCCACGUCCGUCUUGCGGCCUGAUCUGAUUGUCAAGAAUAUCGUCCCCGUUGUCAUGGCUGGUAUCAUUGGUAUUUACGGCUUAGUCGUAGCGGUACUCAUUGCCAACGAACUGCAUCAAGAUCUUCCCCUGUAUACUGGAUUUAUUCAGUUGGGUGCAGGACUAUCUGUCGGUCUGGCUGGUCUGGCAGCUGGCUUUGCCAUUGGUAUCGUCGGAGAUGCUGGUAUCCGCGGAACUGCCCAACAAGGCAGACUUUUCGUCGCCAUGAUCUUGAUUCUCAUUUUCGCUGAAGUUUUGGGUCUGUAUGGCCUCAUCGUGGCUCUCCUCAUGAACUCUCGUGCCAGCAUUGAAGCCACCUGCUAA